UUUUCAUUUUCUUCGCCUGCCACCAUUGACCGCGCAAUUAGGCAGGAAGACCACGUGGCAUCCUACAGGCUCAUAUUGAUUAUUGACCCGGGACCCUUAGGACCCACUUCGUCAUCUGAUCUGACUGCGCCAGCCGCCAAAUCUGUUCCGCCACUGCCAGCAACUUCCGCCACCACCUCCUCGGUUGCCCCGACAACCUCCGAAAAUUCCUAAAAUUCCGUACGUUUGCAUCCCAGAAUUCCGUACUCAUCAAAACCAGCCAAACUUUUUCCCUCCAAAAUCACUGAGAAAGGAACUUGAAGAAAAAUGAAGGCAGAAACCUUGACCUUAAUACUAGUAAACCUAGCUGGAAUAAUGGAAAGAGCAGAUGAAUCACUGUUACCGGGAGUUUACAAAGAGGUUGGGGAAGCUCUCCACACGGGCCCAACCGGGCUCGGAGCUUUGACCCUUUUUCGAUCCAUGGUACAAUCUCUUUGCUACCCACUUGCUACUUAUCUCGCCGUCCGCCAUAAUCGGGCCCACGUCAUCGCCUACGGUGCAUUUCUUUGGGCUGCCGCCACUUUCCUCGUUGCCUUCUCCUCUACCUACUUUGAGGUGGCAGUUUCUAGAGCAUUGAAUGGAAUUGGCCUUGCUAUAGUAGCACCUGCUAUUCAAUCCCUUGUGGCCGACUCCACUGAUGAUAGCCACCGAGGUACAGCUUUUGGGUGGCUGCAAUUAACCAGCAAUGUUGGAUCCAUCCUCGGCGGAUUGUUUUCUUUACUGAUAGCUCCUAUUACGAUAUUAGGAAUUCCUGGCUGGAGGAUUUCUUUCCAUCUCGUUGCAUUUAUCAGUGUUGUUGUGGGUCUUUUGGUUCGCUUAUUUGCCAGGGAUCCUCACUUUCCAGAUGGGAGUGCAAGAGCUGUCAGUAAAGUCCCUAAAAAGCCCUUCAUGUCUGAAGUGAAAGAUUUAGUUCAGGAAGCAAAAAAUGUUAUAGGUAUCCAAUCUUUCCAGAUUAUUGUGGCUCAAGGUGUAACCGGUUCAUUUCCUUGGUCUGCUUUGUCAUUUGCAGCAAUGUGGCUUGAGCUCACUGGCUUCUCUCAUGCAAAAACUGCCUUCCUCAUGGGCUUAUUUGUGGUAGCGAAUUCACUUGGAGGACUCUUUGGAGGCAUGAUGGGCGAUGUGCUGUCUAGACGUCUUCCAAAUUCUGGCAGGAUAAUCCUAUCACAAACAAGCUCAGCUUCAGCAAUUCCCCUUGCAGCCGUUCUUUUGUUGGGGUUGCCUGACAACCCAUCAACAAUCUUCCUACAUGCCUUAGUCCUGAGCAUCACUGGGUUUUGCAUAUCGUGGAAUGCUCCUGCCACAAACAAUCCAAUUUUUGCAGAGAUUGUUCCAGAGAAAUCCCGAACGAGUAUCUAUGCAUUGGAUCGGUCGUUUGAGUCUAUAUUGUCAUCAUUUGCUCCGCCUGUUGUUGGAUUAUUGGCCCAGUAUGUCUAUGGCUUCAAACCAGUUCCUGAAGGUUCUCUGCAGAUUGCAACGGAUAGAGAGAAUGCUACAUCUUUGGCUAAAGCACUGUAUACAGCCAUUGGAAUCCCAAUGGCUCUAUGUUGCUUUAUAUACUCUUUUCUCUACAGAACCUACCCAAGAGAUAGGGAGCGGGCUCAGAUGCAAGCACUGAUUGAAUCAGAAAUGCAACUAAUGGAAUUGGACACCUCACGUCCAAGAGGAGUAUAUGGUCAGGUUCAGAGCUCUGAUCCCAAAGAACAUUUUCUUGAUGAUAGGACCAUUAUUGAUAUGGACUGCGGUGAAGAAGAAUUUGAUUUUGAUGAUAGUGAUGAAAAGACAGCAAUUUACCGGCCAUCUAAAGCUUCGAGUUCCGGUGAAUAGGAACACACCUGGAGAAGCUGCUUUUAAGAUGAAUACUUGCUGCUAGAGUUAGCCGCCUCAUUAUCUUAUCUUAUUCGGUAUAAUUACCAUCAGGCAGAUAAACUUUAUGUGCUUUUGGUGAAGCUCCAACAGAAUAUCCAUUUUCUGAAGAGAUCUCCCUUGGCUGGGCGAUACAACAGAGCAGAUAUAAUUAAAUCGACCUGCUGAAGGCUAUACACAAGUUCUUGCUUGCAAGGAAAGAACAAAUUGUGAAUAUCUGAUACAUCAUUGCCAGCUCCGUGGUUUCCCUUGGCUUCGUGAUACUACUAUUAUUCCCUUUUCAUUUAUAACUUUUUGUAGGAACAGAAGGAAUCCAAUUGAAGUAGAGCAAGUUCAAGCAACAAAAUACUUGUAAAUUAUGAAGUAGAAGAGCGAGCAUCGGAUUCCAUCAUUGAUUUGUUUCAGCAAGAGGAUACAUAUGCGGGGAAUUCGUGAUAACGCAUGCUCGUCCGUUUAUUGGAUUUUGUCCAAGACUUUUUAAAUCAA